AUGAGGACUUUAUCAAUACCAGGCCCGACUUUUGCGCCGUACUCUCCCUUGAGACGGAACACAAGGUCUGGAUAUUGGGGUAGAAAACCAGAACAUUUGAUUCAAGCGAACGGAAAGAUUUAUUCGUUGUUCCAACAAUUAAGGGAGGCCAUUCUGGGAUAUUGUAAUGCUGAAGAAGGUGUAUUCCGAAGGACAUCCAAUUCUACCCUGAUGCCCGUCCUCGAAUCCAUCCUCGACCUUCCUCUCAAUUCCCAACCUUCACUUCCUUGGACACAACUGGCAAAAAGAGACCCUCUUUUACCUCCUAAAGUGCUUAUGAAACUCUACAGCUCCUUAGAUUCUCCCUUAAUUCCACAAUCUCUCUAUCCUAUCAUCAAGGACAUCACGAGUAUCAGAAUCAUCCACGACGAACUCCUUCCCGCACUGUCAACAUCUGAACGAAUUCUACUCUCACACUUGGUGAAAACUCUACAUCUGUUCAGUAAGUACCAGACAGCUACCAAGAUGUCCCCGCUUGCUUUGGCCAUAGUCGUCGCUCCGGUGUUGAUACGAGGUCCGGAUCCAUUGGAGGACGCGAUGAUGUGUAUGGAACCUGGUAAAUCACUUCCUGUCGCUAUGGGAGGUAAUGGGGAGGCGGGGGGGAUGACUUUGGUGGGUUCGCUGGAGAUGUGGAUCAGGGAGGGUUGAUGGGCAAGAUCAGCUGGGAUGAAGUGAAAUACACCCUCUACAAAGUCACUGCCGAAGUCCGAGGUAUCAGUGAUACCGAAGCAGAGAGGGAGUACAUUCUUCGUAUCUCUCCGCGACUAGACGCAACCGUACGUUCUGUCUCCUCCAGAGCCCGACAACUUGAAAAGCUUCCGUCAGGUUCUCUUCGAAGCAUAAAACUCGGCUUCAGAUUUUGCAUAUCUAGUAUCGAUCAUAUCUGUAUAGAAUAACAAGCCUCAUGCGCUAUGCAGUUCAUACCCC